CUCGACCCUUCAAGCUACUCUUGAUGACCUAGACAGCGUCCUCAUCGCAGCAGCCUCCUUCAUCUCCGAGCAUAUCUUCGACGAGCUCACUCGCUGCAAUGGAUCGCAGAAAGCAGCUGAGGGUGGACAAUGUCCUUCUGCAGCGAGGAAGUGACUGUCGUCGUGGCAUCUUGGACAUCACCCAGCAUCACCUCGUCUUCAAAGCCCAGGGUGCAGAGCAGCAACGGAUCCCAUAUGCUCUCCUUGCCCUCGUGACUCGUCAAGCUUCACUCCUUGUCUCGCCCUCUGCAUCGAUCAGCAGCAACGCUGUCCCCUCUGCUGCUGGCCCAUCAAGGCCAGCCAGGAUCUACCCAUUACAGCUGCGCUUCAGGACGUUUGACGCCGCCUCGUUAGGCUUUGACAGUGAGGCAAGGGCUAGCGAAGUCUUCGAGGCCCUCAAGGUCAGAGUGAGCGUAGCUACACUGGACGACCUCUACGCCUUCCACUACAGACCGGAGAAGGGACCUCAGGGAGGAUGGCAGAUCUAUGACUUCAAGCAGGAGUUCGCAAGGCAGGGCCUGGGAAAGCGUACAAAGGCUUGGCGCUUCACUGAUGUCAAUGCACAAUAUCAAUUCUGUCCCACCUAUCCAUCCAACCUCGCCAUUCCCACCCGCAUAAGUGAUGCCACUCUACAGUACGCAGCAAAAUAUCGCUCCAAGGCGCGCAUCCCUGCCCUCAGCUACCUACAUUGGGCCAAUAAUGGCUCCAUCACACGCUGCGCCCAGCCUCUUCCAGGGCUCAAGCAGGCACGCUCCGUACAAGACGAGAAGGUCGUUGAGGCCAUCUUCACCUCGCACCUCUACGUCGACGCCGCUACGGGCGGCGCAGGCGGCGGCUCGGGAGUCAAUGGUAGCGCUCAAAUCAAUGGCGCAGGCGGGCCAGUGGUGUACGGAGCGACCACCACGAACAUCAUCAUUGACGCACGGCCCACAACGAAUGCUGUAGCCACAUAUGCUCGAGGCGGAGGGACGGAGAACAUGGACCACUAUCGCGGCUGCAAAAAGGCUUACAUGGGUAUCGAGAACAUUCACGUCAUGCGGGAUAGCAUCAAUCGUGUCGUCGAGGCACUAAGGGCUGCCGACGAGCCGGUGACAUUCGGCCUCGACGUGGGUCAGGUACACGUUGAUUCGACAGCUUCCGUUGACAACGACGGCGUCUCGGUGUCGCAAGACAUGAGUCGCUCGACAUCUGCAUCUUCAUCUACCCAGCCUCGUCGACCCCACGCCCAGCCUUUGGACAUCUCCCUCCUCAAACGCAGCAACUGGCUUCGGCACAUCUCAACACUCCUAGAUGCCUCGACCCUCAUUACCCGCAAUAUUCACAUCGCCUCCUCGCAUUGCCUUAUCCAUUGCUCAGACGGCUGGGACAGAACCUCUCAGCUCUCUGCCCUUGCGCAGGUGUGCCUCGAUCCCUACUACCGAACGAUGAAAGGUUUCGCUGUCCUAGUGGAAAAGGACUGGCUGGCCUUUGGGCACAGAUUCGGGGACCGAUGUGGGCAUGGUGGGUCGGACAAGAACUUUGUUGUCAAUACGCGCGGGGACGUGAAUGGAGCAGGGAUGGGUGGGGCGUACGAUGAGGAAGAGGGAGAAGAAGGCCUCGGAGCCGCAUCAGAGCCUGCCGGUACGGGGGCAGGAGGAGGAGCUCAAGCGGCCGCGAACGCCUUCUGGGGCUUCACCAAGCAGCUCACCUCUGGCAUUGGGGGCGGCUCCGCUCCCUCUCCCUCUCACGGAGCCAACGGCACAUCGCCCUACACACUGCACCAUAACAUUAAAGAGACCAGUCCUGUCUUCACGCAAUUCCUGGAUUGCGUAUGGCAGAUCUACCGACAAUUCCCCAAUCGCUUCGAGUUCACGGACUCUUGGCUCGUCGAGCUGCAUAGGGAGAUGUACGAGUGUCGUUUCGGUACCUUUCUCGCAAACUGCGAGGUGGAGCGAAGGAUCAAGGGACUCGGGCAAGAGAAGUCCUUGGUGGAGACGACGACCUCUGUUUGGGAUCACUUGCUCUCUGAAGAGAGCAGAGAAAGAUUCAAGAACCAGGCGUACGACCCCGCGCUGGACGACCCCAAGGGUAACAGUGCCUCCUCAUCACAGUCUGUACCAGACAUGGGCGUCCUUCUCCCUCAGUCUAGCCCAGCCUACAUCCGCUGGUGGCCCGGUCUCUUUGGCGCCCGUGUCGAAGAAGCGAACGCGGCUCUUGACUUUGAGGAGUCGGAACGACAGAGGCGCAAAGCGGAGAAGGCUCGAUGGGAGCAGGAGAGGCUUGCGAAGAAAGAAGCGGAGCUGCAGCUUGCGAGAGAGCGGGAGGAAGCCGAGAGGAGAGUGAGAGAGAUCGGACUGGAGGAUCAGGCUGGGCUCCCGAGCAUGGGAGACAGGGCAGCCGGCGGAAGCAGCACCGUGGAAAGCGGCGUAGCCGGCGGGACUGUGGACCUCGUGACCGCUUCGGGUCUGCAGAGGCAGCAACAGCAUCCGCAGCAUCAGCAGGGCAGCGCAGACGGUCUUCCGCUCUCCUAUCAAGCGAGAACGCCCAAGCCGCGUCCACCUUCAUCAGCACAACAAGACCCUCAGUAUCAACAGGCGCCAGGAGAUGCGGCUGCUGCUGCUGCUCUGCGCUUCAAGUCCUGGGCGAUGGGCGGCUGGGAUAGGUUCCAGGGGGCAAUGGCUGGCGCCCUGCCUGCGAGUCCGCCAGUGACCGCGCACGAUGACGAUGGUACGGCGGCGUGGGGCGCCCCAGCGUUGGCUUCAGCGCCGCGGCAACAACAGCAGCAUCAGCCUCAGCAGCGGCAUCAGCAGCAUUAUGGCAGCGAGGCUGCGAAUCCGUGGGCGGAUGACGAGGGCAAGGCUCUUCCAACUGCUCCUCCUCAGCAGCAGCAACGUCAUUCAGCGCGGCAGACGUACAGCCAACCUGCCCCAUCAAAGCCUCCAGCUUCCUCACCAUCUGCGGCGAAUCCCUGGCGAGACUCGUCUACGUCAAAGUCAAGACCGCCGCCAGGUUCAUCGCUCGCCAACUCGCUCGAGGGACUGUCGACGCCCGGGCGCGAGGAUGCAAGAGGAGGAGGGCGCGAUGCGAAAGGGACGACUGAAGGGCAAGGAGAUGUUAAGCCGGCGUCGGCGCAAGCCUCUGAUCCUUUGGGCGUAGGGCCUUUGUGAUGCGUAGCAGUAGCGCCCGCCGUUCCGCUACAGUCAUUCUUCGAGCAUGGCAUGCGACAGUGUAAUAAUAAUCGCCCUCUCUCAUUGAUAUACCACAUCCCUGUGCCACUCUGACUCAUCUCGCCUCGCCCUUGGCCCCCUCCAACCUCUGAAGUCUCAGGUAAUGUUCCUCAGCUUGCUGCAGUGUCCUGACAUUAGCCCCCAACUUAUUGAUCGUCUCCAUGUAUUCC